GGCCAUUGUAGCUAUAGAAAUCUGACCAAUCUCUAGUUGAGUUUUAACGGAAGCAUUUAAAUAAAUAUUUCAAUAUUUUAGGUCGAACUCGAGCGUGAGUACAAAAAGUCCGAGCGCGUGAAAUCGGCCGGCCACAGUCGCGCGAGCGAGCUGGAAGCGGAAAACGAAAAACUGCGCCAUCUGCUCCGCGAAUACCAAGACAAACUGGAAACGUCGUUGACGGAAAUUCGGAAAAAUCAAAACUUAGCGGUGUCGACCUGUCCGCCAGCGCACAACCACUGUUCACCUACUGACGAACCUUGUAUUUCAGUUCAGAACGCAGCAACACCUGCAGGAGCUGCGCAAAAGGACGCAUUACAUGUACAGAUAGUGUCGUCGUCGAGCGCCGGCUUGGACAAUUCACCCUCGUCCGCGUCUAUCAGUUCAUUUCUCUCAUCGCCUAAAAAAUACGAUAACGUUGAUUUAGAGUACCUGCUGGCGGCUGCCAGGCAUGACGAAAUUCGCAGUGUUUUUGACUCGCUUAAAAACGAUUACAAUAACCUAAAACAAAAGGCGGCUAAAUUAAAAGGUGAACAAAUGAAGGUAUGUGACAUGCUAGCAACAAUGGUGUCGUCGAAGAAGAAAGUCGACGAGGAAAUACAGCAAUAUCAAUUGAAAAUCAAAAAUUUGGAGAAGGAAUUGGAGUCUGUUGUGUCUAAACCGACCAGUGACGGUGACGGGGACAAUUCUCUGCUUCAAUCUCAAGAUAAAUCUACCGAUGAAUCGGUUGUAAAUGAAGAACAAAAGUCGUUGGAAUCCGAUAAUGAAAUAAUCGAAGAAUUGAAAACUCAAAUAAAAAUAUUAAAAGAAAUUCAGAAGGAAAAGGACCGGCAAUCCCAAAUAAUUAAAGAGCAACACAGCCAGCUUCUAACGGUCGUCCAAGAAAAGGAAAACAAAAUUGCACAGCUAGAAAACGAACUAACGGAAAAGGACGAAAUCGCUUCGGAAAAACUAUGCAAUUUCUACAAAAACGAAAUAGAAGACAAACAGAAGGAAAUCGAUCGCUUGGCCGGCCACUUGAAAAAAUGCUCGUGCUACCUCCAAGAAAUCGUCAACAAAGAACUCUGGGAGAAGAACAAAGAGAUCGAGAAAUUGCACAGCCGCCAGGUGAAUUCCCCGGAAAUCGUGAAACUGAGAAAAAAGGAGCAACAGUUGAAAGUACUGGUCGAAAAAAUCUCCGAACUCGGCUUGGACACGAAACUGAAGCAAGAGCUCGACAUCAACGACCUCCCUUCGUACCACAAAAACCUCCACGACGAGCAAAACACUACGCACAACAAACAACUCGAAUUAAUCGAGCAACUCAACGCCCAAGUGAAGGUGCUCGAAAACGAACUCGACAAAUCCGAGAAGCUCCGGCACGAGUCCAACGAAGUGUGCAACUUGUUGAACAUCAGACUGGAAGAGCUGGCCGUUUUCCUCGACUCGCUACUCAAAAACAAAUCCGUCCUCGGUUUCCUCGGCACGCAGAAGGAACGAAAACUCCGAGAAAUCGUCAACACGAGCCUAGACCUGUCCAAAUCCUUCAACAUGAGCCUUCUUCUAAACGCCGACAACAGCCUCACCCAUUUAUCCAAUCUCAGCUCGAUUCUGAAAUGCUCCAACGCGAACGAAGAGGAGCCCGACGGAAGCUACGAAACCCUCAGCAUCAUUCCCGACAACGUGACUCUGACCUACCAGAACCACUUGCACAAGAAGCGCAGAUCCCAGCUGAGCAACGACGACGUGGUGGCCGUAUUGAGGAACCAAAUCGUUAAUCUAAAAUCCGAGUUACAGCUGAGAGACAUCGAACUCAACCGACUGAACGCCAACAGCAAACUAUCCGAAACCGAUGACCUCGCGUGCAAGAAUCUCAACCAAGAAGCUUGCAAAGUGGUAACGUCCCAGAAGCACCAUUUGGCGAACUACCUAAGCGAGUGCGCUUCGGAGUCCGAGGGCUGGUCGGAGCCGGAUCGAGCUGUGUCCAGGGCCCGCAUGGGCAUCAACGAGAGCCUGAAUCUCAGCCCCAACGCCAAGAGCGUGCGAUUCAGCGAGUCCACCGACGACGACUCUCUAUCGGUGUCCGCGUUGUGCAAGAAGCGCUUGGAGGCCGACGAAAGCGACGCCAAACUCGAGCUGGUCAAGCGAACGGAGCAAUUGGAGGAUCUGAAGAAGCAGUUGGUUAAUUCCGUGACCAAGGAGGAGCACCAGGACGUGAUCGAACGAAAGGAGAAGGAGAUGAAGACCCUCGAAAACAACCUGAAGAAGAACCUGCAAGAUUUGGUCGAUAAGCUGGAAGAAGCGCGACGGAACAUCAACGAUUUGGAGCACUCCAAUUCCGAAAAACUGAAGAGCUUGAAGGAAAACUACGAGACUCAGAUCAGGAACCUCGAAAACCAUUACGUCGAUAACUACUGUAAGAAAUCCGAUGUGGAAAACAAACUCGAGGGUUUGAAUGGGAUAAUAGAGGAAUUGACGAAGAAGAUAAAGUGCUACGAUGACAUACUGGAAGCCAGCAGAAAUAAAGAGCGAGAAUAUGACAACAAAAUCGUGGAGUACCAACAGAUGGUCAGCAACCUGAAGAAAGAGUUGGACAAAUCGAACAUGGAGUAUUCGGAUGCUGUAUUGCAAAUGAACCGGCUGGCCAACAUAAAGACCAACUUGGAGCAGGAUUUGAAAAGGUGCGUGGAUAAGGAGCGGGAAUUGAAACAACAAAUGGAGGAAAUUCGAACAGACGUUUGCAACCUGAACGCCGACUACCAGCAGAAAAUAUCGUCGUUGCACAAACAAAACUCCGAGCUUCGGGUGAAAAUCAGCUCAUUGGAAUCGAACAACGCCGAGCUGCAUAACCGGUUCGUUAGAGGCAACGAGGCCAAACAGCAUUUGUCCGCCACGAUGCCUAAUGUUAAAAACGACAUUCACUUUCAAGAUUUUAGCGGCUUCAACGGUUCGAGGAAUAGGGAGCGAGUGGAGACCGAGAGACAGGAGGCGAACGCUUCUCCUGAUUUAGGGAUCGAAAGCGACCAAGGAAGGAUGUCCAGUUUGGAAAUGCUCGGUCACGUAACCACCAGGCCUCUGCUUCAAACGCUCGAGUUGACUGAAUCGAUGAACAACAUGCUCGAAGAGAACAAACCCAUGCAAAAUGUUCCAUGUUGCCAAGUUUGCAGCCAGAAGCUAAUAGAGAUGGAGAAGGACAAUACGGAUUUGAAGAAGAAGCUGUUGAGAAUGAGGCGAGCGCUUGAGGAGAGCGCCAACCAGUUGAGUUUGGCGAAUCAGCGGAAGAAGGAGGUGGAAAAGACGAUUUGCAAGCAGAUACACAAGACGAGCCAAGUGCUGCGCAAGGCAAAGGCCAAUCUGGAUUCCGGAUCGGAGAAUGAUGUUUUAAAAAUGUAACGGUGCGACCGAAAGCGAAAAUCGCGUGUAAAGUUGAUUAAAGUUUAAGACUUAAAAUAAAAUUUUAGUAAUAGUUUUGUACAUAAUUGUUUACUUCGAAAGUGAAGCUGUUUUUAAGAGUUUUUAACGUUUGUCCGAUUUUUGUCCACUAUUGUACGUGCCAAUGUUUGUAAAUGGACUCGGAAAAUAUUUAAGGUGUUAAGUUAAUGUAAAGAUUUAGGCAAGCGAUUAUGGUUAUUAUUGAAAUCCGCAGUAUUUUGUGAUAUAUUUAAUGUAUAUUUUUGAAACUCGUACCUACUUUUUAACUUUAAAAUAUUCAAUUAAAAUUUUC